AUGCCGGUGUAUAACCUGCCUGUAGGUCGUGUGGGGGGCUCCGGUCCACUGGAGAGUUUCCUCCAGGGCAAAUACUGCAGCUCCAUUUGUGUCCAGCCCUCCAGUGGCAGGUCAUCACCCGGAGAGCGGAGGGAGAGAGAGGGGGGGGAGGGGGGACUGGGGAAACGAGUGAGGAAGAAGAGGAAGAUCUACAUGGACUCUGGUGAUGAAGACGAAGACAACCAGGAGGAGGAAGAGGACAAGUCCAAGGCUGUCAAAGGGAGGAGAGCUGCUAAGCUGGCCAAGCUAGUGACAGCCCCACCCAAUAAGAAGCGAUCCUGGAGCUGGCCCUCCUACAUGGAGGAGGAGAAGGCUAUAGCUGCCCCCCUUAAACUGUUCAAGGAGCACCAGUCGUUCCCUCAGAGCAGGAAUGCCUUCAAAGUGGGGAUGAAGUUAGAAGGACUGGACCCCUGUCACCCCUCUCUGUUCUGUGUGCUCAGUGUUGCUGAGAUCCAGGGUUAUAGGGCAAGGCUUCAUUUCGACGGGUAUCCAGAGUGCUAUGACUUCUGGGUAAAUGCUGACACCUGGGAUGUAAAGCCGGCUGGCUGGUGUGAGAAGAUGGGACACAAGCUGCUACUGCCGAAAGGUUGUAAGGAUGGGGAGUUCAACUGGAACAUGUAUGUGAAGAACUGCAGAGGUCAACUGGCCCCCAAACACCUCUUCAAGAGCCUCAACACAUCAGUGACUCCGUCAGGGUUCCGUGCGGGUAUGAAGCUAGAGGCGGUGGAUAAGAAGAACCCAUAUCUGAUCUGCGUAGCGUCCAUCGCGGCUGCUGUUGACAACAGACUCCUCAUACACUUUGACAACUGGGACGACACCUAUGACUACUGGUGUGAUGCCAGCAGUCCCUACAUCCACCCUGUAGGCUACUGUGAGGAGGCUGAGCUGACCCUCACCACCCCUGCUGAAUAUAAGCACCCGAGGAGUUUUUCCUGGGAUAAAUACAUGGAGGAGACUGGCACACAGGCAGCCCCUGCACGUGCCUUCAAACUGCGUCCGUGCCAUGGGUUCCAGGCUGGAAUGAAGCUGGAAGCCGUCGAUAAGAGGAAUCCCAUGCUCAUCCGCGUAGCAACCAUCGCAGAGGUGGAGGACCACCGACUGAGGAUCCAUUUCGAUGGCUGGAGUGAGGAGUACGACUACUGGGUGGAUGCUGACUGCCCAGACCUGCACCCUGUGGGCUGGUGUCAGAAGACUAGUCAUCCCCUACAACACCCCUCCAAUGGCUCCACUGAUAUGCUGGUCCUCCCAGGGCAGGGCUGUCCUACCCCAGGAUGCAAUGGGGUUGGUCACAUCCGUGGACCGCGCUACGGAACCCACUACACGGGGGUGAGUUGUCCAUACUCGGAGAUGAACCUGAACAGGGAGGGCCAGGUACCAGACCGUCUGAGUGGAGAACGACCUAUGACCCUGAGUGGACCUCAUCACCGUGGGCGACGCCCAGACCCUCCUCCACACACCCAGACAAACAGCCCCACCACACCGGAGCAGCCCGAGCCUGCAGACGACUCCCCUCAGACCAGUGUAACUAGGGGGCCGACGGUUGACGAGGGUGAACGAUCCAGGUGCAGCAGUCAGAGUGAGCCACCAGGGGGCUCCACUGAGCCCAUCAACGACGGAGCCAAGGCCAAGAGGUCUGCUCCAGUCCCAAAGUAUCUGAAGCUGCACGUCGUCAAGCAGGAGAGUGGAGAUGGGAAAGACUCCCUGUCUCUCCAGCAGGCGCUCCAUGAGUCAGUGUUCUCCCCGGGUGGCUCCUCCUCUCCCCCUCACAGGGUGGCUCUGUGCUGGGACAAACACUGCCAGCUGCUCCCUGAGGUCCUGGGCCUCACAGCUAAGAGAGUUGCAACCUGGACCGCUGACGAGGUGGCCAGUUUUGUCAAAGGGCUCCCGGGCUGCAAAGAGCAUGCUGCCACCUUCAGGACAGAGCAAAUGGAUGGAGAGGCCUUCCUGCUUCUCACCCAAGCAGACAUAGUCAAGAUCCUGUCAAUCAAACUAGGCCCCGCCCUCAAGAUAUACAACGCCAUACUCAUGCUGAAGAACGCUGAUGAGGAGUGAGACGCCCCCUGACGCUUCAUUUCCUCCCACACCCGACCGCUGUAUCUGAAUAUUCUAGAGAAGUUUAAUCUCUUUCUUUGCCUCCUCACCUUAUUCUCUUUGGUCUUCAUCUGCACUGAUCUGAGCCCGUAGGAUAGGUCAGAGCAACGUAAUGGAUGGCCACCAGGAAUCUGCUUUCAGCUAUCCUGUUCUUUCACAUCAGUGUAGAGGAGUAGAGAGGAUGUACCUGGUGUCAGUGUAGAGGAGUAGAGAGGAUGUACCUGGUGUCAGUGUAGAGGAGUAGAGAGGAUGUACUUGGUGUCAGUGUAGAGGAGUAGAGAGGAUGUACCUGGUGUCAGUGUAGAGGAGUAGAGAGGAUGUACCUGGUGUCAGUGUAGAGGAGUAGAGAGGAUGUACCUGGUGUCAGUGUAGAGGAGUAGAGAGGAUGUACUUGGUGUCAGUGUAAAGGAGUAGAGAGGAUUCAGAGAGGAUGUACUUGGUGUCAGUGUAAAGGAGUAGAGAGGAUGUACUUGGUGUCAGUGUAGAGGAGUAGAGAGGAUGUACCUGGUGUCAGUGUAGAGGAGUAGAGAGGAUGUACUUGGUGUCAGUGUAAAGGAGUAGAGAGGAUUCAGAGAGGAUGUACUUGGUGUCAGUGUAGAGGAGUAGAGAGGAUGUACUUGGUGUCAGUGUAGAGGAGUAGAGAGGAUACAGAGAGGAUGUACCUGUGGUGUCUGUUGGAAGAUCUUAAUUGCAUACUCCUCGUGUCCUCUCCUCGUCUCCUCAAAACCCAUUAGAUGAGAGAGCCAGAGGAGAGAGGACGCGAGGAUUAUGCAAUUGAGAUCUUACCUGUCAGACAGACAUCACAGACAACCCAAGAAAGUGUUUUAUACUAUAACAUAGCAACAAUUAUAAUUUAAAGGGGCAAUCCAGAGUUGAAACAAUAACAAAGCAGUAACCCCACCACUGUUUUGGCCAAAAGCUGAGGGAUGGAUGGGGCUGGAGAAAUGUUACCGCUCUCAAAUUCAUAGACAGAACUAUGUAUACAAGGACUGAGCAUCAUCAAAAUGAUAGUUUGAACCAUGUUUUGAGGCUAUACAGCGUUUGUUUACAUUUACUUUGUUUACCAACAUUGAAGAUGAACAAGCUUAUAUUUGGUGUUUUGGGGUUCUGAUGGGGUACGACAGUUGAACUAAGCUCAUGAGGCAUUUAUAAGAUAUUCUUCGAGAAUCAAAAAGGUAUGUAGCAACUGCAGAUUGCCCCAUUAACCUAAAUGUUUCUCUGAGUGAGUAAGAAAUGAGCAGUGGGCACCUUUAAAGUUCAUUCAUCUUUAAAGGAUUGAUAUUGAAUUCAAUUUGAAAGUAGACUCAGUGAAAUGACGUUGCCACGAGCAGCUCCCCAGAUAUUGAGAUGAGUGAGAUGCAGGACCUCACACACGGUGUCUGCGGAACAGGAGGCUGGUGGCUUUUUAAUUGGGGAAGACGGGCUCAUGGUAACGGCUGGAACGGAAUCAAUGGAAUGGUAUUGGUUUCCAUGUGUUUGAUAGCAUUGCAUUCACUCCAUUUCAGACAUUACUAUGAGCCGUCCUCCCCUCAGAUGUGGAUGGGUUCGCUUCACACUGUUCCCUGGCCUGGCUACCGGAAUCAAAACAGCGGAGAAGUUAAGCCUCGCGCUUUAACGCUCGUAGUUGUUGUGGGAAUUGAUCCACAAUGCUGUUUAAAUCAAAUCCAAUUUCAGAUUUGAUUUGAUUUAAACCGCAUUGUGGAUCAAUUCCCACAACAACUACGAGUGUUUACUUUCAGAAUCUACGUCAUAUCGCUGCGUCCACCUUUAAUAUUAUCAUUUUAAAAAGAAUAAUGUUUGAGGAAAUGGUGCUGAGCCCUGAGCAGAUGGAACCAGAUUAGUCCAAACAUGUUUUUACUGGAAUACUUGUUGAGUUCUUAUUUAUUGUUUUGAAAGAAACUCACCAUGUAGUUUACCUCUCUGUCAGAUGGAUACAUUCCUCUACAUGUCCAGGGCAGGAAGAGGUUGGCACGUCUCAAGGCUUGGGUGGAGGGAGAGGAUUGGUUUGUGUGUGUGCGUGUGUGUGCGCAGAUGUUUAUUUAAAAGGGUGAAUGUUAUAGCAUUGGAACUUUAAGGAAAGCUGGACUUCAGGACUAAUUCAACUGAAGAGAGAUGUUUUUCUAUGUACCUGCUUUAGAGCUAAUGGUAAAACACUAAUGAAAUUGGAAUGUAAAGAAAGAAAGACAAAAUUCAUCAAUUUGUUCCGAAUGAAUAUUGUUUCCUGUUUCAUUGAUCUUUGUGUACACCGUGUAAAUAGUGUAUUAUAGCUCUGGGGUUGUGACACCCUGCAUCCCUAUACGAAGUGGUUAUUUGGAAGCUUAUGCAAAUCCAUACCAAUCUUUUCCAAGAAAUUAAAAAUGUAAUUUUUUUCCAUUGAACUGAGGAAUUCAUCUUUUAAAGCUUUAGUGAAAUUUUGUAAACUAUUUUUUUUGUCAAUCUCCUCGUGCGAUACCUUGGAAGUGUGUUGCAAUGAGCUUAAAUGUGUUUAUCAACAAUAUAGUUUAUAUUCAAAACCGGGAUUUCUGUAUUUUAAUUUAAGGGGCAUUGAUAAGUGCUGUUGACUUGUGAGAUGGUGUGAGUGGUGUAGGUGCAUGAUGGCUUGCGUUUGCUGGAGUGUGUAAGUGGAAUGGAAUAAAUGAAAUGCAGUCUC